UAAUUUCUUCGAACAUAUUCUCAAGUAUUAUAAGAGUGCGGAGGAAAACCUAACAAGGUUUAGGGUUUUGUUCUGUAGUGGAGAGGGGAGGUGCCGCCGUCUCUCUCGAACGAGCUUCGAUCUUUCGGCAAUCGGAGGCGAAUCGGCUGACUCUGAGCAUACAAGAUGGAUACACAAGUGAAGCUUGCAGUUGUGGUCAAAGUGAUGGGGAGAACAGGGUCGAGAGGUCAGGUUACUCAGGUAAGAGUCAAGUUUUUAGAUGACCAAAAUCGGCUCAUUAUGAGGAACGUGAAAGGGCCUGUUAGGGAGGGCGACAUACUCACUCUGCUAGAGUCGGAACGUGAAGCUAGGCGGUUGCGCUGAUGGGUCUGUUAUCUUUUUAUUGGAAAUUUUGGUAUCCUACGUUGGCUGUUCUACGACCAUAGGAAUCUUCAUGAUACAGUUGCAGUAGCGUGGGUAUGGGUGCUCCUUCGUUUAUGUGCUGAUGUUGGAUUAAGUUUUGAUGUUCAACGACUAGUCCUUUUUAAUUCGUCUGAUCUGAAUACAGUUUUGUGAUGAGAAACUACUUGAAGUUAAGACUUUCAGUGGCAUAUUACAGAAGUCGUAAUACAUUUAGUUUUUAGUUUCUGCUCUGGUA